CUCCGACAGCGACGGUGAUCUUCCUAAUCUUCCUGCAAUCACUCCACUCUCCAGGAAACGUCCUCUUUCAUCUAUCUACAAACGCCCUGGCCUACCUUCUCCCAGCCCAACUCCAAAGCACAGGAAGUUGUCACCAAAGAUUCCCACGCCUAAAACCCCGUUCGGAGAAGAAGACGACGACAGCGACAUCAAUCUUCCAACCCCACGAACAUCCACGCCCACAAAGCAGCCGGCUUCUAAAAAGAAGGUCGUCUCCAAUUGGAAGCCCAGCGGCAAGCUACCCAAGAUAGCCCCAGACGAUUACGUUGCUAGAAAGCAACUCGAGCUAGCCAUGAUCAAGAAAGGCGACGGCAAGGAAAAGCCCGAAGAGGCUGAGGUUAUCGUGCGCGUCAAAGACCCUCUCAAGGUCAACAUCUACGUUGGCCAAGAAGAACAGCUCUUCAUUGUCGAUAGAGCUGUCAUCCAGAAUUACUCUCAAGUCAUGAAGCACAUCAAAGGCGACCGCCACACGGGUUUCGAGAUCAAGAAUUCUGUCUUUGAGAAGUGGCAGCCAUCCGUCUUCGAAUCCGUCGUCUCCUGGCUCAACACGGCCGACUACAAGCCCCGUCUGAUCGAAGGCAAGCACCCUCAUCUCGAAGACAUCAAGAGCGUUGGACAAUUCGACGAAGCGGCCGAAGCAGCAAGCAAGCUCUGGAACAUCGCUCGCAAGCUCCAGCUCACCGGCCUUCAAGAGCUUCUCUAUCGCAAGAUCGAGGUUCAGAGUCCCCUGUCCACCAACACCCUUCUAAUCAUGACGCGUUUGGUCUUCUGGAACUGCGCUGAUGAGACCGAGAUUGAUAACAAGAUGCGCGAUAUGCUAAAGCUCGACGUCGCCAAGCGUCUGCAUGAAAUUCUGGAGGAGGAUGCCAUGCUGUUCAGCAGAGUUAUCAAGUCUGAAGUUGAGCUUGCCAACUAUAUCUGGCAGUAUCAGGCUGAACACCCCUGGAAGGAGGCCGAUGAGCACCUCUCCGAGGGUGACGGCGACGAUGACAGCGAUGAUGAGGAUUGAGAGCACGAGGGGAGUCGAUAACACGUUGGACGGAAGGAGGACAUCAUGGUUUUACGACCGGCCGCGUCGCGCACCGGGUCAAUACGAAGAAGGAUAGCAGGCGAGUGACUGAUUGCCUUAACUAAUAUUCACAAGUUGUCAAUACUCAAGGCUCUCACUGGACAGUGACCAGUAGUCAAGUACCUUUUUGCAUUUUUACAGCUAGUUUACAUAGCUACUCGGUAGCCGGGAUAGGGACUGAAUAAUCAUUCAUGC